GCGCUCGGCAACGAGGCGGCCCGCGCUGCUGAGUCCCCUGGACACCCGACACCCUGUCGGCCCUUUGUUUAUUCAUCCCGAAAUCUCAUCUGCCCCCACGGCCGACUGCGCUGCGCCGCCCGGAUAUAUAUACCCAUCGUUAUCGAUCGAUCGAUCGCGUCACUCACGGGUAGCUCAUGGUCGAGCGUAGCAUGCAGGAACUUAUUUGCCGUGCGCUCCCAGGUCUCCGCUCGCGUGCCUUCCAGUCUGUCUCACACUAGCUGCUGUGGGACGAUCGAAGUGGGUGUGUCAGCUAGCUAGCUGCGCCGUGACCACGCACAUGACCGCAGUGCGCGCGGGGCUGAUCAAGGGAAAGUGAUCGGAUGGAGCUGGAGCUCGGGCUCGCGCCGCCGAACCCGCAUCAGCCGCUGGCUGCCGCCGCCGAGUUCGUCGGUCUCCUCAGCAGCUCGGCUGGCUCGUGCGGGAACAAGAGGGUUCUCGGCGACGCGUUCGGGGCCGCCAAGGCGGCCACGCUUCCGCUCUUCGUCUGCGAGGAUGGCGACGGAGGCGGCGGCGACCGCGACCGCGACGGCGUCGUCGACCAUGAACAGCAAAGCAACAAUGUACCCAGGAAGAAGAGGCUGGUGGGGUGGCCGCCGGUGAAGUGCGCGCGUAGGCGUAGCUGCGGCGGCGGGUACGUGAAGGUGAAGCUGGAAGGGGUGCCCAUCGGGCGGAAGGUGGACGUGUCCAUCCACGGCUCGUACCAGGAGCUGCUCCGCACGCUCGAGAGCAUGUUCCCUUCGGGUAACCAACAAGAUCAUGCAGAAGACGAGGUGGUGGUCUCGCACGAGCGCCGCCGUCGCCAUCCUUAUGUAGUCACCUACGAGGACGGCGAAGGGGACUGGUUGCUCGUCGGAGAUGAUGUGCCGUGGGAGGUCUUUGUCAAGUCAGUGAAGCGGCUCAAGAUACUUGCGUAGCCGACGGUCGGCGCCUCAGAGACGUCGUGUGGUCCGUCUCACCAGGAUCGGAGCAGUGUAGUACUCCUGGGCGUCAUCUGCGUAAUAACGUUGUUUCUGUCCUGUGUGCCCGUAGCAGUACGUACUGUCCUAUAGUAAGCUAGCUUUAUGGGGUGCUUCAGCUUUCAGAGCAUGACGAAAGCACUGAUUAGCUGCUGUCAUCACAUUUGGUUCGUCUUUGUGUCGUACGGUAUCGCUGGCGUCAGUGUCGCGGCAGCCUAGGUGAUCUAAGCAUACUUACUAUCUCAAGUUACUUUUGGUUUCCUGAGCUUGCAUGGUAAUUCAUAUACCGUAUACGUGUGUGACUCAGGGGCGAAGCUGCCUUAAGGCACAGGGGUCACCGGACCCGAUGGAAUUUAUCAAAUCCAGUGUAAAAUACUAUUUAACACUGUUCAUCAAUAUAUUUGAUUUCAAUAAUUCAUGGA